AUGGUGGACUUUGUACUGGAAGCCUUGAAGCCAAAUCUGAAGGCCAAUGGGGGUAUGGUAGAGGCUAAGCGCGUGUGCUAUGUGGAGGGGCGCAGCAACCUCGUCCUCAAAAUCCAAGGCAAAACAGACCGCCCGGUGUCGUUUGUGGGCAG